AUGAGCUGUGGCUCCAAACAGACCUCGAAAAGCUGCCUGCGAGGGAGCAGCGGUGGCAGUGCUAGCAGUGGUGGGGGUGGAGGGGGCAGCAAGUAUUCCUCUGCCUCCUCAAGAAGAAUCACUUCUAGGUCAAGCGGUGGUGGCAGGAUGUCUGGCAGCAGUUGUGGCGGAGGAAGUUCCAGGAGCUGCCAUGGUGGGGGAGCCGGCGGUGGUAGCUAUGGGAAGAUGAGGCGCAGCAGUUACGGAGGAGGAAUGAGCAGCGGUAGUUGUGGAGGAGGAAUGAGUGGGGGUUGUUAUGGAGGGGGAAUGGGCUGUGGCAGUACGGGAGCAGGCUUUGGGUCAGGUGGGAGUGGGUUUGGUGGUGGUUACAGAGGAAGCUUUGGUGGAGGUGGUGGUGGUUUCAGUGGUGGCGGCUUUGGUGGUGGCGGCUUUCACGGAGGGAAUGUGGGAAUUCUCUCCAACGACGAAAAGCUGACCAUGCAGAGCCUCAAUGAACGCCUGGCUUCUUACCUGAAUACGGUCAGAAAUUUGGAAAAGGAAAAUGCUCAGCUUGAACAAUUAAUCAGGGAGUGGUACCAGAAGCAAGGUCCUACUGGUUCAAAGGACUACAGCCACUAUUAUGGAAAAAUUGAAGAACUUCAAAAUCAGCUUGUGACUGCAGCUGUGGAAACCAACAGGGUACUUUUGGACCUGGAUAACACAAGGAUGACUGCAGAAGACUUCAGGAUAAAGUACGAGACGGAAUACGGUCUCCGGCAGAAUGUGGAGGCUGACAUUAAUAGCUUGCGACCCUUGUUGGAUAAUCUGACUCUGAGCAGGUCUGACCUGGAAAUGCAAUUUGAGUCUCUAAAGGAGGAGAUGAUUGACCUCAAGAAGAACCACGAGGAGGAAAUGAAAGUGCUGCAAACCCAGUCCAAUGGUGAUGUGAACGUGGAGGUGAAUGCUGCUCCAGGAGAGGAUCUGAUGAAAAAACUGAAUGAUAUGAGACAAGAAUAUGAAAAUAUUAUUAAGAAAAACCGUGAAGAGGUUGAAAGGUGGUAUGAAACCAAGAUGGAGGAAGUGAGUCAACAAGUCCACUCAAGUGGCCAGGAAGUGGAGUCAAGCAACCAACAGAUCUCUGCGCUGAGACGUGACUAUCAGAGCCUGGAAAUCGAGCUGCAGUCGCAAAUCAGCAUGUUACAAUCCUUGCAAUCCAACUUGGAAGACACGGAACGCCGCUACAACAUGCAGCUGCAGCAGAUCCAGGCUAUGAUCGGCCCCUUGGAGGAGGAGUUGGCCAGCAUCCGCUGCGAGAUGGAGAGUCAGAACGAAGAGUACAAGAUGCUCCUGGGCAUCAAGACCCGCCUGGAGCAGGAGAUUGCUCAGUACCGGGCUCUGCUUGAGGAAGGGCAGCAUGGUAUUAGCACCUCGCAGGGAGGAGCUGGUGGGGGAUCCUCAGGAGGAGGAGGUCAUGGAGGAACCAGCUGGUCUUCCGGAAGAGGAAGCAGUGGAGGAGGAAGUAGCUGGUCCUCAGGUGGAGGCAGCAGCGGAGGAAAAAUUGGAGGUUCCUAUGGAAGAAGUUCCUCUUCCGGAAGCGGAGGAGGAGGAACAGGAGGUGGAUCCUGUGGUAAAACUUCAGGUGGAGGAGGUGGCAGCGGUGGAGGAGAAGGGGGCAAAUCCUGCCUCUCCCACUCUUCAUCUUCCCACUCCCACUCUGGCAAGUCUUGUGAAAGCCAAGGAGGUGCUGAAAACAUGAAGCUCUGCCUGGAAGGGAAUAAAACACUGGACAGAGGAGCAACAAUGGAGGAAGUGUCUGAAGCCAUAAAAACGAUGAGACUGGGGAGUUUUAGGAAGUCUGAGGACUGA